AGCGCGGCGAAGAGCAGCGCGGGCCGGAGUGGAUCCCCGGACCAGCCCAGCCGGCUUUGCCUCGGCGACCUUCCGGCAGAAACUCGGGACCCUGCGGGCGGCGUCACCGAUUUCUGCUUGGUGUAUGAACCAAAGGCAAGAGGGACUAAUCUGUCUACAUUCUGAGUGCUGCCUUCUGCAGGACCACCAUUGCAGACCCUAGGCCCACGCCUCCCACGCUGCCGUCCCCUUCCCCCACCCCAGACAUUACUCUGGGGUCUGCUUGUGUUCAGCACUGUGAAGAUGUCCAGCGCCUUCCUAGCAUGACGACCUUGGACCAUGUGAUCGCUACCCAGCAGUCAGAGUGGGUCUCCUUCAAUGAGGACCCACUCUUUCCCGUUCCUUCUGAGGGGGGCACCGAAGAGCACCUCCCGGGAUUGUCAUCUUCCUCAGACCAGUCCGAGAGCUCCUCAGCGGAGAACCAUGUGGUGGAUGGGGGCUCUCAGGACCUUUCCCACUCAGAGCAGGAUGACUCCUCUGAGAAGAUGGGUCUCAUCUCUGAAGCCGCCUCUCCUCCCGGGAGCCCUGAGCCGCCCCUGCCUGACCUGGCCUCGGCCAUCAGGAACUGGGUUCAGUUUGAAGACGACACACCCUGGGCCAGCACAUCUCCGCCUCCUAAAGAAACAGGCCAGCCAUUGACCAUGCCCUGCUGGACGUGCCCUUCCUUCAACUCGCUGGGCAGAUGCCCUCUGACCUCGGAGAGCAGCUGGACUACCCAUUCUGGAGACACCAGUAGUCCCAGCUGUGGCCCCUCGUACACAGACCUGCAGCUCAUCAAUGCAGAGGAGCAGCUGAGCCGCAGGGCGUCUGGGGCCGACUCGACUGACGAGAGGACGGAGUGGCAGACAGGCAGGCAGACGGCGGUGAGUCCUGUUCGAGCAUGCACGGGUAAUACCUCUACCCGCACCCACAUCCAGGACCCCUCGCCACCCUCACCCCUCUCCAGAAGGAGCCAGCGCCCCUGUGAGGGUCCGGAGGGGACCUCCACUCCCAAUGACAAUUCUUCUUCACUCCAGGAAGACGAAGAGGUAGACAUGGAGGCCAUCAGCUGGCAGGCCAGCAGUCCGGUCAUGAACGGACGCCCCGCCACUCCAGUGACCUCUGCUCGUUUUCCCAGCUGGGUCACUUUUGAUGACAAUGAAGUCAGCUGCUCUUUGCCACCCAUCACCUCUCCUUUGAAGUCAAACACACCACCUAUUGCAUCUGUGGUCCCAGAUGUACCUUAUAACUCAACUGGUUCAUUUAAGAAGAGGGAACGUCCCAAGAGCACUUUGAUGAACCUCUCCAAGGUUCAGAAGCUGGACGUUUCCUCCUUAAACCACCCUCCUUCCAUAGCUGAGACUCCACCUUGGAGGGCAACCAACCCUUUCCUGAAUGAGACUCUCCAGGAUGUACAGCCUUCCCCUAUCAACCCUUUCAGCGCUUUCUUUGAGGAGCAAGAGAGGCGCUCCCAAAAGAAUUCCACUUCUAGUACUACAGGCAAAAGCCAAAGAGAUUCUCUCAUUGUCGUCUACCAGGAUGCCAUCAGUUUUGAUGACUCAAGCAAACACCAGUCACACUCUGAUGCUGUUGAAAAACUCAAACAACUCCAAAUCGAUGACCCUGAUCACUUAGGCAGUGCGACACUGCCUGAUGAUGACCCCGUAGCCUGGCUUGAACUAGAUGACUACCCGCCUGGUUCAGCACUGCCCCCACUCAGGGAUGGCUGGCCAAUGAUGUUAAGGAUCCCUGAGAAGAAAAAUAUCAUGUCCUCCAGGCACUGGGGACCCAUCUACAUUAAACUGACAGAGAGUGGUUACCUGCAGCUGUAUUAUGAGCAGGGCCUGGAGAAACCAUUCCGUGAGUUCAGGCUGGAGAGCUGCCAUGAGAUUUCAGAACCUCGACUCCAAAACUACGACGAGAAUGGCAGGAUCCACAGCUUGCGGAUAGACCGUGUCACCUACAAGGAGAAGAAGAAAUACCAGCCCAAACCUGCCGUUGCCCACACAGCGGAGAGGGAGCAAGUGAUUAAGCUGGGCACCACUAAUUACGAUGACUUCCUGAGCUUCAUCCGUGCCGUUCAGGACCGUCUCAUGGAUCUGCCUGUGAUGUCAAUGGACUUGAGCACAGUUGGCUUGAACUACCUUGAAGAGGAGAUUACAGUGGAUGUCAGAGAUGAAUUCUCUGGCCUGGUGAGCAAAGGAGAAAACCAGAUUCUCCAGCACCAUGUCUUGACACGGAUCCAUAUUCUUAGUUUCCUCUCUGGGCUUGCAGAGUGUCGCUUGGGACUCAAUGAUGUCCUCAUCAAAGGGAAUGAAAUAGUUUCCCGGCAAGACAUCAUGCCGACCACCACCACCAAGUGGAUCAAGCUCCACAAGUGCCAUUUUCAUGGGUGUGUGGAUGAGGACGUAUUCAACAACUCACGGGUAAUUCUGUUCAACCCUUUGGAUGCAUGCCGCUUUGAGCUAAUGCGGUUCAGGACGGUAUUUGCUGAGAAGACCUUGCCUUUCACGCUGCGGACGGCAGCAAGCAUCAACGGGGCCGAGGUGGAGGUGCAGAGCUGGCUAAUGAUGUCCACCGGCUUCUCCUCGAACUGUGACCCUCUCACACAGGUUCCCUGUGAGAAUGUGAUGGUCCGUUACCCUGUGCCCAGUGAGUGGGUGAAAAACUUCCGCAGGGAAAGUGUCCUGGGGGAAAAGUCUUUGAAAGCCAAAGUGAACCGGGGGGCCAGUUUUGGCUCAACUAGUGCAUGUGGCUCUGAGCCUGUCAUGAGAGUAACUCUGGGAACUGCCAAGUAUGAACAUGCCUUCAACUCCAUUGUGUGGAGGAUAAACCGACUGCCCGACAAAAACUCAGCUUCCGGUCACCCACACUGUUUCUUCUGCCACCUUGAACUUGGCUCUGACCGGGAAGUGCCUUCCAGAUUUGCCAAUCAUGUGAAUGUCGAGUUCAGCAUGCCCACAACUUCUGCCUCCAAAGCUGCUGUAAGAUCCAUCUCUGUGGAAGACAAGACGGACGUCAGGAAGUGGGUCAAUUAUUCCGCACACUACAGCUACAAGGUGGAGAUGGAGCAAAAAAAGAGUUUGAAGCCAGACUUUGAAGGAGAUGAAAUGGAAAAUCCCAAGGAGUGUGGGGUCCAGUGAUGAAGCCCUGCUGAAGGGCCCUGGAUCUAGAGUCAC